CCUUUUUUUUUUGUCUCCCAAGAAACACCGUAAUUUUGUCUCUUGGCAGCCAUUGUCCAGGACAAGCCAAUGCAUUUCAUCUCCUAAAAAUAAGCCUGUGUCUUAUUUAUCCCUUCCCCUCCAUUUCUUUCUCAUUUCAAACCCUUUCAUUUUCUUCACCACUAACAAAUCAAUGAUCCCUCAUUUCUAGCUUUUUUUUUUUUUGUAUUCUCCGCGCAAUUUCAAAGAAAACCCAUGUUUUAUCUGUUUGUUUGCGUGGGAAAUCCACCAACGAAUAAAACUGCAUUCUGAACAGAGAUUCUCGCUGGAAAAUAUGGGGGCGAAUUCUUUGGAGAAGAAAUCGAGGAGCGGGUUUUGGAGUACAGUUUUCGGGAGGUGUAAGUGUUGGCCGAGGAGAAUGUCUAUUUCAACGGGUUCAAUUCCAAACCAAAACAACAAUAAUGUUAAAACAUCAAACUGGAAUACACGGAGGGGGCGGAGCGAUGUCGAUCAGGGUCUCGACGGCGGUUCCUACUUGAAAUCCCCUCCAAAUCAUUCGAUGCUGGUCGUCGUACAUCAACAAAACCAGGUUUGUAAACCGCCGGUUGAAUCAACCAGAAUAACAACUAACCAAAGGAAGGUGCCUAAAGAAGCCAUUAGUAUCUCCGGCGAGCUGGAAAGCAUGAUCAUGGAUUAUCAAAAAGUAAAAGGAAACAACAGCAACCUAGUUCGAGCAUCGUCGGGGAAUUUCAUGCUUUACGGCCAUUUAGGCAACUUGAGGCAACCCGUGGAGGGAGAGAACAAAAAGGAAGAUAAUAAGGUUGAAGAAAAGCCUGAACCACCGUCUCUUCAAUGCAAAGCUUUGGCGACGAGAAGGGACUCCGAAAAGUUGAAAAACCUCGGGAAUAUAGAUUAUAACAAAGGGAAUUUUGGGGAAGCUUUGAGUUUGUACGAAGCAGCCAUCGCCAUUGAUCCUUUCAAAGCUUCGUAUCGAACCUAUAGAAGUGCAGCUUUAGAAGCUGCGGGCAGGAUUCUUGAAGCAGUUUCUGAGUGCAGAGAAGCCAUUCGAAUUGAACCUCGUUAUCACCGAGCUCACCAUCGUUUAGGAAAUCUAUAUAUCAGAUUGGGGGAAGUGGAAAAGGCGAUGUAUCACCUCAAACGUGCAGGCCCUGAGGCUGAUAGCGAUCACAUUGCUAAAGCUAAAACUCUUCAAGAACGAAUAAACAAAUGUACUGAAGCAAAAAGGCUACGAACUUGGAAUGUAUUGGUAAAAGAGACAGAUUCCGCCAUUAAAGCUGGUGCAGAUUCAUCUCCAUUUAUGUAUGCAUUUAAAGCGGAAGCUUUGCUGAAGCUCCAUAGACACCAAGAGGCGAACGAAACAUUGUUACAAGGUCCGAAAUACAAUGACGAGGAUUGCAUUAAACACUUCGGACCUAUCGGUAACGCUAAUUUGCUAGUUGUUCAAGCAAAGGUGGAUAUGGCCCUCGGCAGAUUUGACGAUGCCUUGGCUGCCAUGGAGAGAGCAGUUAGGCUUGACUCGAACAGCAAAGAAGCAAACAGUGCAAUGAGCAAAGCUAGAGCAUUGGCGACGUUCGAAACCGUUGGAAAUGAGCAUUUCAAGACAUCAAAUUUCUACGAUGCAUGUAUCUCAUAUGGCGAGGGGCUGGCGCAUGACCCCCGCAACUCUGUCUUGUUGCUUAACCGAGCGAUCUGUUAUUCCAAACUUGGCCAGGACGAACUCGCAAUCGAGGACUGCACCCGUGCCCUUAGUGUCCGCCCUGGUUACACCAAAGCUAGACUCAAAAGAGCCCAUUGCAAUUCCAAGUUGGAGAGAUGGGAAGCUUCGAUAGAAGACUACGAGAUCUUGAAAAAAGAAACUCCGAACGACGAGGAGGUGAAACAAGGUUUGUCCAAAGCUCGAAGACAACUCAAGAACAAGAUGACAGGUUAGGGCAGGAGAAGAAUACGAUGGAAGUAUAUUGAUGAACACAAAUCAAACACAACAUUAAAAUGAAAAAGUAUAAAAAAUAAAAAGCUCGGAGGGCAACAACAAAAAGAGUUAAAUCGGCGGCCAAGGAAUUAAUAGGAGCUUAAAACAUUAUUUAGGAUCGGGGAAGAUGAAAAAAGAAGGGCUUCUUUGUCAUUGUGUGGAAUUUGAAAGUAAAUUUUGAUACUUUAAGAAUCAUAUAUGGUAUUGUAUGUGUGUAUAUGUACGCAUCUAUUCCUUUUUUUAAUCAAGUAUACAUACAUACAUUCUUAAA